AUGAAUCAAAAUGGACAGAGCAAUGACAUGAACGGGAUGAUGCCUAAUCAACAACAGAUGCAGUAUCCAUAUAAUUACCAGUAUCAAAUGUAUAGGCAGCCUCAAAUGUACCAACAAUAUUAUUACCAAAUGAACCCGCAAUUUCAACAACAGCAGUACAUGCAGCAACAGCAACAAAUAAAACCUCAAAUUCCACAGCAAACAAAUAAAAUAUCCACGCCAGAACAGCAGAUUAUGUCACAAAUUCAACAAAUGCAACCUCAAAUGCAACAAAUGCAGCAGCAACAAUAUAUGCCACAACAAAAUCAAAUGCAACGACAAUACCCUCAAAUGCAAAUGCAUAAUCAAAUGCAUAACCAAAUGCAAAAUCAGAUGCAGAAUCAAAUGCAGAACAACCAAAAUUACCAAAACAGACAACAAAUGAUGUCCCAAAAUGCUUUGACAAUGCAACAAAUCGCAGCUUUUCAGCAAUACCAGCAAAGAAUGAGCCAAAUGAUGAAUACGCAGAAAAUGACCACACCACCUCAACCAAACAUGCCUCCUAUGCCGCAAAUCAAAUCACCGUUAGCUACUCCUCAAAUAAAACAGCCUAUGAUACCAAAACAAGUUGCAUCACCUUUACCACCACAAAAACAGCCCAAAAAGCAGAAACAGAAGAAAGAAAAGAAGAAAAAGAAAGGAAAGAACAGGGAUGAUAGCGAUAGCGAUGCCGCAUUCAAUACAAAUGGCGGAAUUGACGACAUUCCAGAAGAAUUCAUCAUAAAACGUACGAGUGGUCGCAAAACCAGCCAAAUCAGUUAUGCGGAAGAUGACGAGGAUUUCAUAGAAGAAGAGGAUAUCAAGGAAACUAAUGAAGAUCCCCAUAAAUUAGAUCAUAUUUAUUUCCAAAGAGAAACUCCAAACGGUAUAGAACUAUUAGUCAGAUUCGCUGACUCCCAACAAGCACUAUGCGAAUGGGUUUUGGAGUCAACAGUCGCGUCAAUGGCAAAAGCUCAAACUCAUUACACAAAAUUCAAAGCCGCGCCCGUAGAUAUUUCGGUAUUGAAUACAAGAGACGAUAGCCAACCACCGUAUCCUGUUGCACAUAGAAGAGAAAAUCCUGGAGCUCCUUAUCAAUUAUUAUUCAGAUUUACAUACGAAGCGAACGUUUUAUUCUACUGGGAUUUCAUUACACAAGAGGUACUGACCAAAUAUACACAAGGAUUGAUUUGUGUCUCGUUAGUUCAAGUUUCAAUUCCACCAAAUUUGCCACCUCCUUUAUCUUACGUCAAAACGCCUGACAACAUACUUAGACAUUAUCAGGUUGAUGGUAUAAAGUGGCUGAUUAACUGCUGGGCUCAAAAACAUGGCUCAAUUCUUGCAGAUGAAAUGGGUCUCGGAAAAACUAUCCAAAUCCUCGGUUUCUUGAGUUAUUUGGCUAGUAUAAAAUGGUACGGACCAUUUCUCAUCACUGUAAGAACGAACUGCUUCAAGCAAUGGUGCGAUGAAAUCGAAAAGUGGACAAAUCUGAAGUACGUUGCAUACAACGGAGGUCCAGCGAGCAGAAGGAUGAUGAGGGACUUCCAGAUGCCGUAUUUAGAUGGAGAAGGAAAUCCUUCGUCCAAACAAAUCAAUUUUAAUAUUUUAUUAGUUUCAUACGAUGUUUUAUUGAAAGAUGCAGAAUUUCUACAGUAUCUUUGGCAGGUAAUUGUCGUAGAUGAAGGCCAUAGAAUCAAGAAUUCCCAAGGAAAAAAGAAUAAUGCUUUAGCAUCCUUACCCUACAAGCACAGAAUCAUUCUUACAGGUACUCCCAUUCAGAACUCCCUUUCCGAGCUUUGGGCUUUACUCAAAUUCGUUUCCCCGAACAGUUUCAAGGAUGAUCCAGCAUUUUUAGAAACUGACAUCGAACAACUUCCUGAGGAAAGGAUCAGGGAAAUGCAGGAAAUGAUCAAGCCUCAUUUAAUGAGAAGAUCCCUCGGAGAAGUUGAGCGUUCCAUAGCUCCAAAAGAAGAAAGAGUCGCAUUAGUCAGAUUAUCAGAGAUCCAAGAAGAAUUAAUGAGACUUACAAAGCUCCAUUCUAUCUGGCGCCUCAAAGGUAUUAAAGUUAACGAGGAAACGGUCGAUACAGCCCAUGAAGCAAAUGAUAUGCAUAAAAUUUGUCUUCAUCCCUUCUUAAUCGACGGAGCUGAAGAAUUCUACACCCAGAAAUUCCGAAACAUGUCACGAUUAGAGCUUCUUUUGUCUGUUUCGGCCAAAUUUGCAUGGCUCGACCGAAUUCUUACAAAACUCAAAGAGGAAGGACACAGAGUCUUGAUAUUCAGCCAAUUUAUCAAACUCUUAAGACUCCUCAAAGAGUAUUGCACCAUUAAAGGCUAUUCCCACGAAUUAUUAACUGGUCAGAUGGGCGAUGUCGAGAAAAACGCCGCUGUUUCACGUUUUGCAGAUAAAGACACUUCAUCCUUCGUAUUCCUGAUCUCAACAAGAGCUGGUUCUGAAGGAUUAAACCUUACAAUUGCAGAUACAGCGAUUAUCUUCGAUCCAGACUGGAAUCCACAGAACGAUCUUCAAGCACAAGCCAGAGUACAUAGAAUUGGCCAGACACAGAAGGUAGAUAUCAUUAGAUUAAUCACAUAUAAAACUUAUGAACACGAAAUGUUCGUAAGAGCACAAAGAAAACUCGAAUUAUGGGAGAGAAUAUUGGAGGGAACUUCCAGUGUUGAUAACUCCGAGUUUUUGCCUCCAUUACAAAAACCUCCGAUUGUAGAGUUCGGAGUUCAAAGUAACUGCACGUUUGCGGAAGAAUUAGAGAAAGUAUCGACUGUAGUAAACAAUUUCAGUCCAAGCAACUUGAAACAGUUACAAGCUCCUCUUGAUAUUAAAGAAGAAGAGGAAUACAAGACAUCUGAUGCAGACUUCUUAAACCAGUUCCCUGUAGAAGAAUUGGAUGAAAGAAGGACUAAAAGAUCGAGAUCAAUGUCUUUUGCUGUAAAUGCUUCAGAAGCUUUGGAAUAUUUCAACAGAAUGAAGUAUACGGAAUACGGACAUUGGGUAUCUUUGAAUGACAGACCACCUGAAGACGUAGUUAAGUUCUGUUUGGCUGCAAUCGUAAUUGCUUUGAGAAUGAUGGGUCCAAAUUCGAUAUCAAUGUUUCCAUUAUUGCUAUAUUACUUAGAAGAAGAUAUAUUAGACUUCUCAUUAGAUUUGGUUUGUUGUGGCUCGAAACACCAAGUAUUUAACGCAUUUCCACCUGAACAUGAAUUAUCAAGUGAAUGCGAGACAUGCAAAUACAUCAAAGACGAGCUCAGCGAUCACGGAUACGAAACACUCAUGUCAAUCGAGUACAGAUUAGUAAUUUCGAAUUGGCUCAAUUUUCACUCAAAAAGUGACAUUUUACAAACCGAACCUGGUCAGAAAAAAGUUGAUGAAAGUCUUCUUCAAAAACUCUUCGAAGGCGAAUCAUUUGACGUAUAUGAUACUCAAAUUGAGUUCGCAAUAAAGAAAAUGAGAAGUGAUCUCAUUAUUUCCGGCUUCAACAAGUGUUUGCAGUUUAGCUGGUGGACGGAGAACGAGUUCAGAGCGUUAUGCGGAACAUUAAGGAACUUUUCCUUCAGUCCUGAAACUGCAUUCGAAUUUCACUCCCAUACCGGUCUUCUUUCCAAGACAACAACAUCCAUUGCUUGUUUCGCUGUUCAAUUAAUGAGAUUGUUGAAGAAUCAUCAUGGAAAACAGAGUAUUACGAUUCCAUCAACGAUUUCCCAUGCAGAUGAUGCUCCAGAAUCUGUUUAUUCGAACAAACCUUCAUGGGUAUGGUGCUCUAUCUCUGCUACUGAUGCAAUCGAACUCAAUGAUUUCGUUGAAUUGUGUUCCAACAUCAGGGAUUACGUUUUCAAGGAAGGUGUUGGUGAAAGCAAUCUCAGCAACUACCAAUGGUCAACAGAUCAUACGAGAUUGUUCUUGGAAAGGCUACUUGUUUGCGGAUUUGACAAUUGGGAGCUAAUUCUACAGGAUGAGAGGUUACCGUUUGUACAUGUAAUGAAUAACAACCCUGAUACUGUACCAGAUUAUAUCAAAAAUCAAGUUUUGCUUAAUAGAUUUUUGAUAUCAAACACAGUAUCUGAAAGAAAUGCUGGUGAAUUAGUGUUCAACAUGCCAUUGGUCAGUAAACUCAAAUUGAGAUACGGAAAAGAAGUUAAAAAGAGCGAAUCAAAGCCAAAGAAAUUAAGAAGGAAGAAAUUCUCUGAUGAUGAUGACGAAGAUCAGGACUCUCUUGAUGACUUCUUAGAAUAA